AUGUCGUCCAUCCUGCCCUUCACGCCGCCCAUCGUGAAGCGGCUGCUGGGCUGGAAGAAGGGCGAGCAGAGCGGGCAGGAGGAGAAGUGGAGCGAGAAGGCGGUGAAGAGCCUGGUGAAGAAGCUGAAGAAGAGCGGGCAGCUGGACGAGCUGGAGAAGGCCGUCACCACGCAGAGCGCCGCCACCAAGUGCGUCACCAUCCCCAGCACCUGUUCAGAAGAUUGGGGGCUGCUGACAUCGGAUCUCUUAUGCACUGGACUAGCCAGCCUCCUGGAGGAGACACGGUCGCUGGAUGGCCGGCUGCAGGUCUCCCAUCGAAAGGGUCUCCCACACGUCAUCUAUUGCCGGCUGUGGCGGUGGCCAGACCUUCAUAGCCACCAUGAGCUGCGCGCCAUGGAAAUGUGUGAAUACGCAUUCAACAUGAAGAAGGAUGAAGUCUGUGUGAAUCCAUAUCACUACCAAAGAGUGGAAACACCAGUAUUACCUCCAGUUUUGGUCCCACGGCAUGCGGAAAUUCCAGCCGAAUUCCCUCCACUUGACGAUUACAGCCAUUCCAUUCCUGAGAACACAAAUUUCCCAGCUGGCAUCGAACCUCAGAGCAACUACAUUCCAGAGACACCCCCUCCCGGGUAUCUGAGCGAGGAUGGAGAAACCAGUGACCAUCAAAUGAAUCACAGUUUAGAUGCAGGUUCUCCAGAUUUAUCUCCAAAUCCAAUGUCUCCUGCACACAGCAAUCUGGAUCUCCAGCCAGUCACCUAUUGUGAACCAGCCUUCUGGUGCUCCAUUUCCUAUUAUGAGCUCAACCAGCGAGUGGGAGAGACAUUCCACGCUUCUCAGCCCUCAAUGACCGUGGAUGGUUUCACGGACCCCUCAAAUUCGGAGCGCUUCUGCCUCGGCCUGCUUUCCAAUGUCAACCGCAACGCAGCAGUGGAGCUCACCCGGCGGCACAUCGGGAGAGGAGUGAGGCUGUAUUACAUUGGAGGGGAAGUUUUUGCCGAGUGCCUUAGUGACAGUGCCAUAUUUGUCCAGUCCCCCAACUGCAACCAGCGCUAUGGCUGGCACCCAGCUACCGUGUGCAAGAUACCACCAGGGUGUAACUUGAAGAUAUUUAACAACCAGGAAUUUGCCGCCCUCCUGGCUCAGUCGGUCAACCAGGGCUUCGAGGCCGUCUACCAGCUGACACGCAUGUGCACCAUCCGGAUGAGCUUCGUCAAGGGCUGGGGGGCCGAGUACAGACGCCAGACGGUCACCAGCACUCCCUGCUGGAUCGAGCUCCACCUGAACGGCCCCUUGCAGUGGCUGGACAAGGUCUUGACGCAGAUGGGCUCCCCGAGCAUCCGCUGCUCCAGCGUGUCUUAAAGGAUGCGGAAGGUGGAAUCGGGUCAAAUCUUGCGUAGGGACAAAAGAGGUCAGCCUCCUGCCUGGCAAUGUACAAAAUACAGAAUGGAAAUGAGCAUUUAGGGUAGCGGCUGUGUCCUUCUCUUCUGUUCAGUGAAAGGUUUUGUUUUGGCCUCCUGGACAGGAGCAAAGACUUCAUCGUAAGUGUUCUUGUGUUCAGAGGAUCCACUCCAAGCUUUGUGAUGCCCAGGCGGGUCCCACGUGGGCCACUGGAGGAGAGCCUUGGCUCCAUUGGCAGCUUGGAUUUCUAAUUUAGGACAGGCAGGCUGUGGCUGAUGGGCUUUAUAACACAGGGUGGCACUUGGCAGCAAUUCUUGGGAGGCUAGAGAGCAAGGAAAUGGUUCUGUCUCCUCCUAGCCCUUCCUCCUUCCUACCUCUUCAUGCAAGAAUUUCCACUUAGUACCAGGCAUGGGGAGAGAAACCAAGACAUCUUCUAACGUUUCUUUUUGAGCCUCCCCCUGGGCGACUGGAUGUUUUUCUCUGCCAGCCCUUUGCCAACGUGGGGAGGAGGGGAUUGUCCUCCUCAUCUGCAGCCCCGAUUGAUAAGCUGCCAUUAAUUGAAGAUGUCUGGCCCCAAAGGAGGAGCUGCCUCAUCUCGUACAUGGAAACGGUUGCUUGAACUGACACUGCGAUGAUCUCAGAGCUAAGACCUCCAAUGUUAAAGGCAAGUGUCCCCAGCUCAUCCCUCGUCCUUCGGGCCAUAUUUUAAGAUUGCUUCUCCUUGGGACUUGCUUGGAUCUUGCCACUUCCUCCGUGCUGUCCUGCUGGGCUCAUGAUCCUGUCUUCUCAAGAACCUCUGAAGGACUCUGCGCAUCCAGAAGGAGAAACUUCCAAAACUGCCUGUCAAAGCAUCAGCUGGAAGGGAAGAAGACAGAGACCCCAGAGCUGUUAUGGAGCAAAGUCAGCCAGGAGAAACUUAACGCGCCUUCCUUAUCAAUAGAAUCUCCUUGGUCAUUUGACUCAUCUGCCAAAUCGGAUCUUUUCCAUCCAUAAAAUCGGAACAGCCUGACCACAGCACAGCUCCAAGAUGAUUUAAUUGACAGUUAUUACUAUUUUGAUUCUUGUAACUAAGCAAACAUCUGUAAACAUAUUUGGAGCCAUGCUUACUAUUCUUCAAAGCAGUUGUGUGUGGGUGUGUGUAUGUUUGCAAGGGUUCUACAUUGGCCAGUAAAUCUGGUUAAUAUGCUUCUUGAUUGUGAGGGCGAAAUCUGCCUGCGGUGUCUUUGUGAUCAGAUUCAGAAGUAAAUGUUAUUCAUAUCAGCCAAUCCAUCUGGAAUUAUGCAGAAAUUUGGACCUGUUUCUAGAGUCUCAAGACUUUAAAAAAAACCUCAGCAACCAGUCCCCAGAAGCUGAGACUCCAUUAUUUUUCCUCCGAAUUAAGCAGAUUUUAACUAAAACCUAAAAAGCUAAAAUAAUAUCGAAGAACACAAUUUGAAAAAACCUCAUGGUAAAGAAUAAUUUAACUGUAUUGAAUGAAUUGUGUAUUUGUUCAACUUGGUCCACUGGCAAAUGUUUGGGAAUGCUGAUAAGAAAUACCAUUUAAAUUUCAGAUUAACGUCUUGACAGAUUGUUUAAAGUUGAGUAUUAAUCUUGUCGGCCUUCAGAAACAGAAAUGGCUGCUUCAUCACGUAAAAUGAUGGAGGUUCCUUGGAAAAGGAGGACCUUAAAAAGGCUUGUUCUCAGUCUGAGUAAGAUAGGAGUAGCAUCUGAAACCCCAUUGGGGUUUUUUUAGGGUUAAAUUCACCUUUCAGUAUCAGAGGAAUGCCGGAGUUGUCUAUAAAGAUUCAGAGUAACUUUAACCCUAACCAUACGACAAUAUACAGUAUGGAAUAUUUGAAUUUCAGAAAUACUUUUAAAUAAUUCAAGGACAGAAAACUUGCAGUAUGUGUGUGGUGUGCAUGCUUUUUGUAAAAAAAAAAAAAAAAAAGAUAUAGCAGGGGUGGCUGGUAGAACAAUCAAUCCAAAGACAUUUUUGGAGGCUUUUUAAAAAAUGUGGUCAGUGUAGAUUUUUUAGGCACCCAGGAUGAAAUAUUUUGCUCCGGGUUCUGUACAGCUUUAAUCAAGUAGCCAUAGGUGUGUUCUAGCUUACUGGGAAAAACUCUUGCUGUUUUCACUGACCUUGUUUCCUCCAGAUAUGCUGGGCAUGAGCUCAUAUUGUCUCUGGGAAUUCUGAGCAUCCUAGCCUGUUGGAUAAUUUUAAGGCAGCUAGGUCCGUUAUGGUGAAAACUUAAUUUUUGGGUGCAGGGAAUUCACUUUUCAGGUUUUCUCCUUGAAACACUACAUUUUAUACUAGUUUGAGAGGCCUUUUUACGUUGAAGGAUCUGGUCAUCCAACCCAAUUAUAAUUGGAUGGUGUGGCUCUCCCGGAUCAAUCACGUACACAUAUUCUGUUUUUGAUAACUUAUUCAUUGCUGGACGGACAAAUUAUGGAUAGCCCAUGUGAAUCUGCAAAUGAACAGUGAAGAAAAUUUUAAAAGAUAGUUUUAAAUACAUAGAUAUAUAUUUUCUUAUUCAGCAUAUUAGUCACUUUGCACAAGUCAGAUUUUAUUUCUUGAGAGUUCCUUUUUGUAUUCAGUGCUCUGUGAUGAGUCUACUGGAUAAAUCAUUUCCCUGUCCAUAAAUCUUUCCAUUGCUAGCACGUGCAUGGGGCAAAACUGAGGCACGAUCAGCAUUUUCACAAACAGGAGAAGUUUCUUUAGAAAAUGUCUCUGGGUUUCUACGUUCAGUGACGAGGGAACAUUUUCUAUAGAUUGCAAACCUUGCUUCAUUCAGCCUGGGACAUCAGACCACCAAAAUGCCCAUGAAAUAUAGUUCAGCAAAAUUCUCAGAAGCAGUCUAAUUUUUUAAAAUUUCAACUGAACUCUUUGCCCUAUAGAUAAAAGUGGGAAUGCUUGUAGAAGAUCUUAUGCAAGCCAGAUAAUCUUGUGAAAUUAAAAAUCCCACCCUAAGAUUGUGUUUGUUGAUUAUGCUAAAUCAUAGUGGACCUUAUUUGAUUGUUGCUUCCCAAACUUGGGUAAAUUACCCCAAAUUGGGUAAAAGUGGUUUUCUUUGGAUAACAACACAUGAACCUAACAGGGACAUUUAAAUAAGGACUUUCUGAUAAAGAUGUUUUGGGUAAUGAAGAUAAAAGUUUGGGAAGCACUGGUUUAGGAUAUCCAAAUCCACCCAUUGGGGCUUAUUCAACAAAACAUAGUUUUGCUGUAUAUGUGAACUCACCCAGACUCUAUUCAAGUAUAAACAGAAAAAAAAUAUUCCCAAAUUGAUGUUUUUGGUAUUAUAUUGAUGUUUCAAAUUAGAUUUUUAAAUGCCCAGAAACUGCCAUAAAAUACAAUAUACUUAAGUGCAUUUAAUUUUCCACGAGCUGCAGUCAUAGACCUGCUAGAAAUGUUCUUUGUGCCUUGUUAAAGGUUGCCUGGAAGAAAUUUGAAAUGGUGCAGAGAGGCAUUCAGUUCUAGCUUCCUGGGCUCAUUAGUUGGGGAAACAGGUGUCAAGUCAGGUAAGCUAUUGCUCAGGUGUGGAUCUGACCUCUUUCAGGUCUUGAGUGGGACCUACUAGUGUCAGGCUGCAUUGGUUACACCAAGCCAUAUGCUUCGACUUAGGUUGAUAUAUUCUGCAAACUUACUAAUGAUAGUUCAGUCAACAAACUCUGAUUAAGCAUUACAUAGCACAGACAUAGGUGAACCCAAAUCUUGUUUUGCAGAUAAAAACCAACUAAAAAGCUGCAGGGCAGACUUUUGUCUGACCUGCUUCUUGCUACCUGAAAUGGAAAUUUGCAAAACAAAGCCAUACAACAUGAAACUCACACAAGUGCCAAAAUCUUGAAAACUCCUCAUUGGAAUAUCUAGAGCUGGACUUUAAAGAAAGACUUGGUUACUUUGCAAGCGGCGCAAGUGUAUUUUUAAAAGGAACCUGGAAGCAUUACUGGAUAGAAACGUUUUGCUCUACUGACCAGAUGUCCAUGAGAAGAGCACAAGAAAUGCCUCGGGCAAUAUUGUGUAAAGUAUAGGAUUGUUAAGAUAAUUGUGUACGUCUCCCUGUCCUCUGCCCUUUCAGGUUUACAUCGAUUCAAGCUCAACAAAGUUUGGGGGAGCCUGGAGCCCAUUUGUUGCUCCAGAGAAGAUGCUUCGGGCUUUUGUUGAUGGUUGAAAGUAACGUUGAAACGCCCCCCCCCUCCCAGCUGCUCUUCUCCUAAACACGAUUCUUUGCUUCACUAAUGCUUGGGCCUUGGCAGUGGUGUGCCACCCCAUGUGCCGCCUUUGAAGCCUUGGAUGACGACCACUGCAAUUCCUCUUUGCAGUGAAACGAACUCUCUUGGGAUUCACAGGUGCUGAUCUGCUAGUAGUGCCUUUGUGGCUCCCUGGCACAUACAGCUUGUUUUGGGGCU